CCUCCCAAAGCGAAGCCCCCCCGCCACAAGCGCCUGUCUCACCUCUUCCACCGCACCAGCGCCCCCAGCGCCGCCAGCACCGCCGCUCGCUGGGCCAGCGAGAAGAAGCUGGCCGAGCUGCGGGGCUCGGGGGGCGCGGAGCCCCCCAGCAUCCUGAAGGUGUUCGGGGGCGCGCUGAGCAGCGGCGCCAACUACAAGAGCGUGCUGGCCACGGCGCGCUGCAGCGCGCGGCAGCUGCUGCGCCAGGCGCUCGAGCGCUACGGGCUGCGCGCCGACGAGUGCGCGCGCUUCGCGCUCUGCGACGUGCUGGGCCGCGCGCCGCCCGCGGGGGCGGGGCCGGCGGGGGGCGGAGCCGCCUGGCAGGGCGAGCACGUGCGCCUGCUGGGCGACCGCGAGCGCCCCCUGCUGCUGCAG